CUUAAGUCCGACAGUGAAAGAAAUGAAACCGAGCUGGCUUGCUAUAAGAGCAGCGCAAGAGUUCUGCAUGCAGACCGCGAUCCCGCACUAAUAGUCUCAAUGCCGGCUAGUGCAAGCCGUCUGAUCCGUAGCCGGACUCUUUCGAGAUGCGUUCCAACCCUCAAAGCCCGUUCAACCGCGGGGACGGUGCGAUAAAAUCGUCCAAUGGAACUCCCGAGUUCGUCCAACGGGUGAAGGAAGCCCUCUUCGGCAUCCUGUUCGUCAUCCACAAGAAUGAUCAUGCCGAGCGGUUCUGGCCGAUUGUGGAAGUGAUUAUCGAUCAUCUGCAAGAUUUGGCCUUUCCGAUCAGUACCUUCUUUCCGUGGCAGGAUGAGAUUGGGUGGUUCGUGCGUGCAUUGGAACUGGUCUCCGCCCCGGAACACUAUGCUAGUCAAACGGGCGGGAUUUUUGAAGUCCUUAUCUGCAGCCUGGGCGUGACGCUCCUGAACACCUUGUGGGUUGGCUACUCGUUCUCGACGAAUAACUUCCAGUUCAUCUGGCCCUUGAAGACGCUGCGGGUCUUGCUCACUCUGUUCGCCAACGUGCUGUAUGUCCCGAGUGUAACCGUGCUGUUGAUCGCCGUCACCAAUUGUGAAGAACAUUCAACCCAAACAUCGGAGGCGUUGGUACUGGAUGCGGCCACAAAAUGCUGGACCGGUGGCAGACUGUUUGCCAGUCUCGCAACCGCUGCGGUCGCUCUAAUCUUCAUCUGCCUGGCUUUCACUGUGACGGCCACCUUCUUUGAGCCAGAUCCCAAAGAUCAUGAUAUCACAUGUCGUCCACACUCCAGGCUCGAUCUGUGGUAUGUGAUGGCACGUACGAUCCUGAUCUUGCUGCACUCCGUGCUUCCCAUCGCAUUCAAGGUGGAUAGCGUAACUCCGAAAUGGAUCAUGGCGCUGGCAUCUUUGGCAGCCUCUGGCUCGCUUGCUUUCGGAUCGAUAUGGUACAUGUCAUAUUAUCAUUGGCGAUACGCAAUGUUCCGGGCGGCGCUGCAAUGCAACUUCCUCUGGGCAUCCCUCUGCUGCGUGUAUACCUUGAUCCGACCGCACAGCGAUAUAGGCAUCAUAUACCUCCUUCAAAUCCCGUUGAUGAUGGCCGUGUGCCUCGUCUGUAUCCGCUUCCGCCGAGAACACAUCGAAGGCAUGGACCUGAAGCACGUCAACCCCAUCACCCUGGAGCUGAAAGUCCGAUUCCGGUUGAUGCGGUCCAACCUCCUCUUCCGCGCAACUCCCACUCACAACAUGACGUUGGAAACAACCAGUCCAGGCGAUUUAGGCUACACAGGUCCCGAUGUCCAAGCAAACACCGCCGAACAAGCGAUCCGCGAAAAAGAGCGUCUGGCGAUUGAAGAGACCAACGGGAUGUUUGUUCACGGUCUUCGUCGGAUGGCCGGGUCCUGCUUCGUGCGUCUGUUUGCGGGCCAGUUCCACCUAUUGCAGAUGGGCAAUAAGGCACAGUGCCUGGCUGCGUAUGAGAAGGCAUCGACUCUAGGCCCGACGCUCGAUGAAGCGUUUCUGAUAUUUAGGCGGAAACGGAUGCUGCAUGAGCGGUUUGCGGGCGGGGAUGUGAUUGAUUUCAUUGCCUUUGAGCAGAAUAUGCAGCAGGCGAAGAAAUAUGAGCGUCGAGCGAUGGCCGCGGUGCUGCAAUUCUGGGAGGAACUCGCUCGCAAAAAGCCGUCCUUUGAGUCUUUACAAGCGCAUGGCGCCACUAUCAGCGCGGCUGUGUCUUUGGCGCAGAGCCACUACAUUGCCCUAAUCCGGCUGUCACCCAACUCCUCCUCCGUAUUCCGCCUGUUCGGCCACUUCCUCCUCAACAUCCUGAAUGACAACAAACAAGCUCAAGAAAUGUUGGGACACGCCGACAAGCUUGAAGAGGAGAAUGCACAAGGAGGACGAGAAGAUGCGACCGGGUAUGGAGGCGAUGAACAAUAUGAGAACGGUGGCCGUGAGCCAAGCGCUACGGAUCCUUUCGCGCCGGAUAAUGCCUUGAUUACCAUCUCUGGCGACCCACGGACAUUGGGACAGGUCCUGAACGUCAACAAUCAUGCCUUAAAACUCUUCGGCCUCCGUAAACCCGACGUUCUACACAAAAACAUCAUCACAAUCAUCCCAUCGCCCUUCGCCGAGAUUCACGAUCAACUACUGCAGCGCUACCUCGACACGGGCUACGCAAAGGUCAUCGACCGGCCGAGACAGGUUCUCGGACUCCACAGCUCCGGCUAUAUCAUGCCUGUAUCGUUGCUCGUGAAGCAAGUGAUUGGCGAAGGAGGGUCUCAGACCUUCUUAGGCGUGCUGAAUCAGGUCCCGCAACGGAGCGACGAGGAUUUCAUCAUCACGGACGAGAAAUUGAACAUAUAUCACUUUUCCCGGGGCUGUACUGCACUUUUUCAGAGGAUGCCUGAAUCUCGGGAGUUGAGGGAGGCGGCUGUCGCUCUGGCUGUCGCUCAGGGUCCUGCUCUUUCGGAUUGGAUACCGGACGCGACUCUGGAGAAGGCUGCUGAGCUCACCGGUCGAGCACGACUGAAAACCGAGUUGAAGAUCAAUGAUGUAACAUUGGAUGUGCGAUUGUCAGGAAGCGAGGUUCGAGUUCAAAACAUUACAUGCUACAUCUUCAAAAUCAACCAUUCAGUCAUGGAGUCGUUACCGGCGCUUGGGGUCAACGGGCACUUGACCGUUCCGGAGCAAGGAGAAAGGAUGGGAUGUCCUUUCGCUGCAAGUCGCACUGACCUGGGAGGCGGUGCAAUCCCACUUGCAUUUUCGGAGCAUAGUCUAGCAAACAAUGGCGACGGAAGUGCUGGUCAAUUGGCGGUAGACCCUCCUCAUCAUGCGAUUAACGGAAUGAGGAGACGGCACGGGAGCCCCCGUGAACUCAUCAAUCGUCCCAAAGCCGGGAUAGAUGACGACCGACAAAGCACCUCGUCAAGCCGUGGAGGUUCGCGAGGUUUGAAAAAUCUGAUAGCCGUCAAGAACAAUGUGGCGAAUCAGCGCCUGCGGUACUUGACGCUGCUCAUCAUCAUUUCGCUGGCAAUACUGAGCACUAUGGCUGUGGUGGAAAACAUUCUAUACCGCCAAAUAUGCGGUUAGGACACUUCAGCUGGCGCGGGAAUUUGGACAUGAUGAGGUGGGGUUGUA